AGACUCGCUGUCGUCUGCUUUGACGAGUGAUCGAGAAAUUUACCGAUCAUCGAUAAUAUUGGCUGAGAGGGAGAGAGAGGAAAAAACAUGUUGAAAUAAUAUGCACGUGAAGAACUGGCAAUCUGGUCAAUAGCAAGGAGCCAGUCGCCGGAGAAGCUUUCGAGUUUCUUUUCCUCCAGCGCACACGCUCGUACCAUGUCAUCGUGACUCAACACCGCCGGCGUUUAGAUCUCACAGUUUUUUAUUUCACUUUUUAUGACAUAGAAAAAUUGGAUUACUCAGUGAUUUAUUUGCGAUUCCGAAUUCUUCCGGUCGAGUGUUUUGCUGCUGCGAACUACUCGUCGAUAGAAAAAUCGUGCCAAUUUCGGACGACACAACCAAUAUACUUUUGUUUUUUAGUUAUUGUGAUUUCGGCCUUUCGUCCUUCAAUCGGAAGCGCUAUGCUUUGAGCUGUUGACAUCCAUCGGAAACGAAUUCGAAAAAAGUGUUACGAGACGAGAAAGAGGAUGGCCAAGGGCGACGACAGAGGAAUAAGAGCCGAGAGUGUUUGAGGCAGAUCGCGAGACUCGAGGUCCACGAGCGAAGGCUUCCGUUCGAGUUUGAAAGUUAAAUCGAGCAAGGAGUGACGGGGGGAGCCGAAAUGGACGUGGAGUUAGUGACGAGGACUUCGCUGAGCUCGUUGCACAAGGUCGACGAUGGAAUGAUCGUGUCGCCGAACAGCCUCGACGAAUGGACGUGGUCGAGUUUGAGGAAACAAUUCGAGUUCAAGAACCUCGAAAAACUGUACUCGAUCUAUCAGAGGAGGCUGCAGAAUGGAUAUUUAUCGCUCUUCGUUUUACUCCAAUUGGUUCUCGGUAUCACGCAUUGUACGGUGCUAAUAAUGACGCAGGUGGAUUUCAAGGGCUCGCUACCGGACGUGGUAACAUGCAGCGUGGUGGGAGCUCUCUUAUUUCCGGUAAUAGCGUUGUCCUUCAGGACGAAGUUGAUCGCUCGAGAGACGUACCUUCCGGUGGUGCUUUCGUUCCUGAUAAUAAUAUUGCUGGUGAUCGGUGACCUGGCUGUGCCUCUGUGGUACAUGAUGAAUUGCACGGAAGACACGCCGGUGAUAAGACCCGCAUACGCCACUCACGUAUUACUCGCGUGCUACGUCUUUCUACCAUUGACGGAGAACAUCCACGCUUUUAUACUCGGAAUCACCGCGACGUUGUGCUACCUCGCGAGUUUAUCGCUCGUUACUUACAGAAAUAUGCCCGGUUAUCCUGGAAGAAUCAUCGCCGAUGCCAUUUACUUCGCGUGUGUCAACGGCCUCGGUCUCUACUUCAGAUUCAUGAACGAAAUUGUCAUCAGACGCUCGUUCCUCGACAGACGGAAAUGCGUCGAGUCAACUCUCAGACUCAAUUACGAAAAGGAUCAGGAAGAACAAUUAACCCGGAGCAUUUUGCCUCAGCACUUUGCUGCUAAGAUAAAAAAAGAUUUUCGAGACAUUUUCAAAUUUAUCGAAGAACACAAAAAACCACCGCCCAAAGGGCGACGACGCAACGAUCUUUACGUCGAGACGCACAACAACGUGAGCAUUUUGUAUGCGGACGUCGUGAAUUUUUCGGGCUUGACCGUGACGCUGCCCGUGAGAAAAUUGGUGGAAACCUUGAACGAUUUGUUCGGCAGUUUUGACGAGGCCUCCGAACGCCACAACGUUUUGCGGAUCAAGUUCCUGGGAGAUUGUUACUACUGCGUCAGUGGUGUGCCGACUCCGAAUAUUCACCACGCCAAAAGCUGCGUUGAUCUCGGAUUGGACAUGAUCAAAAUAAUAAAGGAAGUGCGAGCACGCGUAAGACGCGAGAGUGGAGUCGAUAUUAACAUGCGAAUUGGUGUUCACUCGGGCAAAAUAAUAUCAGGAAUUUUGGGAGCAAAUAAAUGGCAGUACGACGUGUGGUCGCGUGACGUUGUAAUAGCGAACAAAAUGGAGCAAACUGGUAAGCCCGGCAAGGUGCACGUGACACAACAAACUCUGAAUCUUUUGGACGCGAGUCAAUACGACUGCGUGCCAGUGGAGGCCCUCAAUGACGAGACCCUUAAGAAAUAUGACAUUAGAAGUUACCUCAUUACACCCACGGUUGAAGGAUCGCCGAUAUCGCAGAACAGCGAGAAGAUCUUGCCUGUCACGAGGCCAUCAACACCUCCGACUCAAAGCAAACAUUACGUCAGAUGGUACAGUGUACGACCGAGUACGAGCGUUGGUGCAUCCUCGAGAAGUGCACGAAGAGCAACCACCAAUAUGAGCAACAAUCACGCUGACGUAUUCGCUGGUACGUUUCGACGUCGAACUCAUUUCAUGGAUUCCUGUCUCAAGGACUAUCACUUAAUGCUCAAGGCAGCCGAUGCCGAAAUGGAAAACGCCAUCAAGCAAAUGCCUCUGAGCAAAUGGGAACAAUGGUUCAAAUGGGAACACAUAAAUCCUCUUUUCCUCACGUUUUCCCAACUGAGUUGGGAAGUUCCAUUCUUACGAGAGCCUGAUCCCCUGUUUAAAUUCUACGUGGGAUGUGCUGUUCUCGUGUUACUCUGCAUGGGCCUAAUUUUCCUGGUACCAAGUGUCUUUUCCGGAUUCCAUUUGAGUACCACUUUUGGCUACACAAUCGCUGUGCUCUUUCUAAUCGCUCUGUUGCCACUCACGUGGAUGCAUUUUGUUUGGAAUCGUUGUAAGGAUCCCCACGACGAGUACGAAGGCCAUGUGCCACAGCCGAAAAACAAAUUGCUUCAUUUUAUGUAUCAGACCAGCAUCAAGGUCGUCUGGAGUGCAUUACUGAGAACAACGCUUUAUCUGGUGAUAACGAUAAUGUUGGCGGCGUGUGCAAUGUUCGACAUGUUGUUCGAGUGUAAAAAUGAAGAUGCAAUCAAAAGCAACAACGCGACCUCGGCCAUAGCAGCAAAUGGUGCAUCGGAUGCUGCGUGCAUCUCGAAACCGUGGCAAAUUUCGGAAACAUGCUCGUUAGCGAUUCUCACGAGUUUCCUUUUUCUGAGAGUUCACUUCGCCCUGAAGCUCUUGAUCGGUAUCGCCAUCGUCCUUUUCUACGCUUGGAACAUUUUCUCCUACAGAUCGGUCAUUUUCCAGGGAGACGAAACUUGGAAUCCUCAUUUGGAGCCGAGAUUAGCUCACAUUCUGAACGUUGUUUUUCUCACUUUUUCUCUGCACCUCAUAGAUCGUCAGGCAGAAUACCUGAGUAGAUUGGACUAUCAGUGGAAGCGUCAAUUGAUGAAGGAGCAGGACGAGGCUUUCCACACGAGAAAUGCAAACAAAUUGUUGUUACGAAACAUUUUACCCGAGCACGUAGCUGAUUUCUAUCUGAACAUGAACAGAACGGAUGAGAACGAAUUGUAUCACAAAGCCCACGAAAACGUGGCGGUAAUGUUCGCCUCCUUGACGGACCUGUCGAUCGACGAGAGCAACAUUCUCAUCGAUUUGAACGAGAUAAUAUGCGAAUUUGACAAAUUAUUGUUCGAGCCAAGUUUCGUGUGCAGAAUUGAGAAAAUCAAAAUCGCCGGAACGACCUACAUGGCGGCCUGUGGCCUCGAAGCUCACCGGAGAGAUUCGAUGAGAAAUGAGGAAAAGGACGAGGAUCACGUUGUCAAAGUUAUGGCAGAAUUUGCAUCUCAAAUGAUGUCUGUUCUCGACAGACUCAAUAUCGAAGCGUUCCCGAACACCAAACCUUACAAACUGCGCAUUGGGAUAUCGCACGGGGAAGUGACUGCAGGAGUAGUGGGUUCGCAAAAGCCUCUCUACGAUAUUUGGGGUGACGCUGUGAACAUGGCAUCGAGGAUGGACACUACUGGAGUGCCAGGAAAAAUUCAGGUGACGACCGAGACAGCGGCGGUUUUGGAGCACAACGGUAUAAAGUGUGAUUUACGAGGUGAAACGUGGGUUAAACCGAAGGGUCUGGUUACGACGUAUUUCAUCGGGGUUGACGAGAAGCGACGACUUCUGAGGGUGGAAUCCUUGGAAGAGACGAAUUUGUGAAGUGACGAAAAGUCCUUGGGGACAGUCUCGUCGAAUGAGACCGAAAUGACAUUAGUGAAGGGAUGAAAACUGAGAAAAAUACGUUUUCGAUGAUCCAAGCAAUCGGGAAUAGCGAUUUAAUGACCGUGAGCUGAAUAGAAGCAUUGGAAGGUAAAAACAAACAUAGAAGGGAGAAAAAAAACACAACAAUAACAAACGACCAAAGACAGCAAUCCUGGGAGACCAAAGAAGUUUGUAGAAGUGACAUUUUUAUGGCCUGAAGGAUCGAGGGAACUGCGAAGAGUCAAGGAAGCCAGCAAAAAUUUCCAAAAAUCUUCAAAGAACAUAAACAAAUUCGAGAAAACCGUUGGCAUGAAAAUCCUUUGCGAUGAGUCCCGACAAAAACUUUUUAGACUAACGCACAAAUAUUUUUCUAAAAAUCACACGAGCAAGUACAUGAAAUUUCGUGAUAUCUGCGAAAAUCUCUGUAAAUAAUUCUGUACAUAUAAACAUAUAUUAUUAUAUAUUAUUAAAAAAAAGUUUUGAAAGUGAAAUUGGGACGAAAAGAUAACAACAGAGGACGACCAAUUAGCCAAUAAUGAUGAAACGUCAAAAGAUAAAUGAAAGUUGUCAGAAUAAAGAGAAAAAAAAAAGAAUAACUAAAAUAUCAUAUUCAUUCAAUGGCGCACGAUUUCCAUCGAUUGAAAUAGUGAAUUCUUUGAGAUUUCCGUCCAAGCCAAUGAAAGGAACGUUAUCGGAAAAGAAGAGAGGAAAAACCUCAACUUUCGUUGUAAAUCCAUAAAUAGAAGGUGCCAGAAAUAAACUCUUGACAAAAUGUAUGUAAACGCACAAGUGGAGACCGAGUUUGUGAUAGAUAAAGAUUAAAAGCUCUCUCGUUCGCGUGGACAUCAACUGUGUCCAAGUAUCUGUGAGUUUGUCAGUCUCUGCAGUUUGUCUGUGUGUGUGUGUGUGUGUGUGUGUGUGUCCGUGAAGAGUGUGAUAAGAAAGUGGACCACUUUGUUAAUAGAUAAGCUUUAGAUAAAAAUUGAAAUUCGUCGUGUACGUUCGAAACAAAAGAGAGAGAAAGAUUUAUGUGUGCAUUAUCAGAGAAAUAACAAAAAAUAAAUAAAUCCAUUCAUGUGAAUCGAUCACGUUCUGGA